UCCUGUCAAUUUACUGUCUUGAUCAAGAUAUCGGCCGUGAGCGAGAUGACUGUGACUGCGGCAAUUUGAUAUGCCAUUUAUCUUUCUGAGGUCGACAAGAAGAUCUCACAGACCAGACUGAUCGGUUGCUACAGCCCCGGGAGACACAACAUGACACCGGACAUGCAUGCGGCAAUACUACAGCCCAGGUGCCCAAUGGUGCAAACCGGGCCGGACGAAAACGGACGGGAGGGAGUAGGUGCCGAAGUGCAUACAAUGGAAAGCAGCACAAAUGCUAGUGGCGUACUGGGACUUCAAUUCCAUGCUACCUGGGCUAGAGGGUGCUAUUGCCCGGGCCUCAACACCACAUUGCUGAGCAAUGCAACCCAGUUGAAAUUUGGACCUUUGGCUAACGGGCGGGCAGAUAAUACCAUCCACCAGGGCUCAACAAGCACCCACGCUAGCCCCUGCGGCCUCUCAAGAGACCACUCUAGAUCGAAGUGUGCGGAAGAGCCUUGCCAGCCGACAACAAAAAAAGGGGGCGCGUCGAUCCAACCGAAGUCCUGCUGGUUUCGAGAGCAGGUUGAGGCAUGCACGCAACCCCAUCCGGCCCGCCAACCAGGGCUUACUAGCCGCCAUUGGCCCGAUUCGCUGGAGCGCUGUCCUCUCAGCAUCUGAUGCACUAUCUACAGCCCUCCUUGCUCGCUGUCCCUUUGGCGUGGCGUGUGCUGUACGCCGAGGGCUCAGGGGUCCUCAGGAGCGAAAAUAAGGGCCAUCAAGUGCGCUGUCAGGGGCUAUGGACAGGAGGCCGAUGCAAAUGAGACGAAGCUGGCGCCGGCUCACACGUAGCUCCGUCUUCACCGCGUUGGCCACGCAACCGCGUUGGCCACCCUGUUGAACAGUAAUCACAUGGACUACACCAAGAUACGCCUUGGCUCGAGUUGCGUGACGUUACAUUCCAACAAAGACACUAGCCUUCGCCGUAUCACCAAGUUACCC